AGGCCGCUGGGAAUGAUAUAAAAAGGCCCUGAUAGUCCCGACUUGCCUAGUCUUGAACAGGACGCCGUACUCAGCACAAGUUAUAGUGAACUAACAAUAAAAUGAAAUUCAUUGCUGUUUUUCUGCUCGUCGCCUUGACCUGCUGGUCACUCGUCGUGGCCAAGCCUCAGCCCGAACCUCAAUUCUUCGGCGGUGGAUUUGGAGGUGGACGAGGAUUUGGUGGUGGAUUUAGAGGCGGACGUGGAUUCGGCGGUGGAUUUGGAGGUGGAAGAGGAUUUGGUGGUGGAUUUGGAGGUGGAAGAGGAUUCGGCGGUGGAUUUGGAGGUGGAAGAGGAUUCGGCGGAGGAUUUAGUAACGAACGUUUCAGUAAUGAAUUCUUCGGGUAAUUAUUUUCGAUUUGCUUCAAAAGUAUUUUGACGGUACUAGACUUUCGAAAAAUGUCUGUAAACAUCCUAACUGAAACGCCAACAGAUAAGGUUUUGCAUGAACCUAUAAGGCUUACUUAUCAUGAAUUUUAAGACAUGUUGUACAACGACGGAGAUUUAUUCUUUAACAAAAUUGUUUUUUAAACAUAAGUGAACAUCUGUGAGCCAACAUAAGUAAAAUAUUAAAAUUGUUUAAUUUCAGCAGCAUUGCUGUUUUAAAUUUCAGUAAUGAUUUAACAAUUAAAUUCAAUGUGAACUUAUGAAUGAUGUUUAAUUAUGAUAGACAUUAGAGAAGUGAAAACCAACUCGUUUGAGUACUGAUCAUGAGAACUGAUACUCCACUCCCAGGAGGACUGGUGAGAACUCAGAACUGAUACUCGACUCGGUACCCGGUGGGCACUGUAGCGUUUGCCAAGAAAUAAUUUGAACAGUGAACUUUUUAGGAAGCAAAGGCAAUAACUGAAAUCAAAAUAGUGAUUGGUACUAUAAGUUACUGUUAGACCUUUAAUUUCCUUGUAUCCCUGUAUUUUAUUCAUAGUAACUGCAUUUCUUCAAUACUACUAUUAUGUUUGAUGACGAAACUUCAAGAACUAAAUUUUCGUUUUACUUACCUUGGUUGAGAUCUCUACAAAUGAAGUUUCUUACUGUUCAAUCGUAGGUUGUGGAUUAAAUACCCGACAUCAAUAAUAAUUUUCAUUUAUAAGCGAGAUAAUUAAAUUACCAUCAGUGGACAUUAGGAAAGUAACAUUUAUAGACGAAAUUAUCUUCAGUUCUGAAUAAAUUAUUUAAUAUUUGACGAUUAGCAUUGAUGUAAUUUGAGGACAUUAAAAUUUGAUCGCUCGGUAGUGCCAAACAGGAAUAUUUUAUUUACACAUCAUUCAUAAUACAAACGGGUUUGCUAUUAGAGAUCAAAGAGAAUUUUUGACACGUAUGUUAUUGCCUCAGUGUCUUCUUGUUCAGCUACCUGAAAGUUACCUAUUGAAUAAUCGUCCACCCCAGCAAAUUUAGGAAUGCUGAAAAUUCGUUACUGUAUCCUACGAAUAUAUCAAUGAAGAAUUAGCCUAAAGCAUAGCCUUGAGGAGGGGCAAAAAAGAGUUUUCCAGAUUUUGUUUACCUGACAUUUUCAACUUACAUGGAAACCUGCAAAAUUAAUAUAUUCUCUAAAUUUUAUACUCCUACUACUUUCCGAUGUUCUUCAAGGCCCCCGAAGCCACCGAAUUUGAGCAUGGGGGUUUUUAACACUUGUUGAUAAUAUGUUUGAUUCUAGAAAAUAGAAGUCAAUGAAUAAGUUGAAUCAUCUGGAAAAUCCAAUGUUUUUUAAGAAUUACUCAGGAAAUUUUUGUAUACAAAUUUCACACAUUAGACGAUGAUUAUUGCAAGCGUGAGUGGCAACAUUCUGUGGUUGCCUGUUUGUCGCACUAGAUUCGUGUUUUUAAAUAGUUAUUCAGCUUAUGAGUUUCAUUUCUGUCAUCUUCAAAUGUACUAAUAUUACGUUUUUAUGCAUGAAAUCAAGUAUAUUUUGAGGUUUGAGUAUAUUUCUGUAACCCUA